GUAACUGAGGAACAGCAGGUUCUGACGGGUUUAAAAUAGAUGACAUAUGAUACCAAGAAUAGCCCAGUGCAACUUAGCCAACCUGAGAAACUAUUCAAAGGGAAAACCAAAAUGGAGGGCAGUUCUAUACUCCAUUCUUUCACUAACAUUUAUUUUGCCAUUUUUGCUUUGUUUUGCUUCAAGCUUUUAAUUAAGAUUUCCUUGGCUUUGCUGACCCAUUUCUAUAUUGUUAAAGGCAACAGAAAAGAAGCUGCCAGGAUAGCAGAAGAGAUCUAUGGAAUAGUCCCAGGCAGCUGGGCAGACCGAUCCCCUCUUCAUGAUGCUGCCUUCCAGGGACGUCUUCUCUCCCUGAAAACCUUGAUUGCACAGGGUUUCAAUGUGAACCUGGUGACGACAGACCGUGUGUCGGCUCUCCACGAGGCCUGCCUGGGCGGCCACGUCGCCUGCGCCAAGCUGCUGCUGGAAAACGGUGCCCAGGAGGCGUGUUGCAAGGGCGUUAAACCGGAUUAUCCCGAGUGUGUCUUGCCACUGCAGGUCAAUGCAGCCACCAUUGACGGCAUCACUCCUCUGUUCAACGCCUGCUGCAGCGGCAGUGCAGCCUGUGUCAACAUGCUGCUGGAAUUUGGAGCCAAGGCGCAGCUGGGGACCCACCUGCCUUCACCCAUCCAUGAAGCAGUCAAGAGAGGUCACAGGGAGUGCAUGGAGACUCUUCUGGCCCAUGCGGUUGACAUUGACCAAGAAGACCCUCAGCAUGGGACCCCUCUCUACAUGGCCUGCUCAUACCAGAGGACAGAAUGUGUCAAAAAGCUUUUGGAGCUAGGAGCCAAUGUGAACAUGGGGAAGAGAUUAGAUACCCCCCUGCAUAUGGCAGCAAGGAAAUCCAGUGUAGAGAUAGUUGUCUUGCUGACAGACUAUGGUGCUAACCCGAAAUGCAAAAAUGCUGACCUCAAAUGUGCCCUGGAUCUUGCCACGCCCCACAGCAAAGUGGAGCAGGUGCUUCUGCUUCGGGAAGGUCCUGCCAGCCUUGCCCAGCUGUGCCGGUUGUGUAUCAGAAGGCAUCUGGGUCGGUCGUGCCUAUACACAGUCCACAGGCUGCACCUGCCUGAGCCCCUUGAGAACUUCCUCCUUUAUCGAUAAGCCAGUGACUGUCUUUAGACUGGGAAAGAAAAAGGAACAAAUGGUUGUUUACUCCAAGAUUACUAUAUCAAAGAAAAAAAUCAAAGGCACCAUUCACUGUCUUCUGUGGCUGCCAAAUAUUAGCUGCUGUGUGACAGUGAAAAUUGAAAACAUCUUUUCACAGGCAGUAAAUGGUAUUAUGGAUACAGUUUCCUCACAAUCUAUUGCCACAUCAACUUACACCAGCCUGAGAAGUUCUACUAUGUAAACAGCUCACUUGGCAUGUAUUUGUAAAUGCAUAUGCACAUGUCCACUCACCAUCAUACACACAGAGAUUUCCCCUGCAUUUAGGGCUAUAUUUAUUUGUACAGUAUCUGUGCAGCUUCUUCCCUUUGUCUGUCCAAUCUCAGUGUCAAAAUCAAGGCAGUGGAUGUUUUUCUUCCAUUAGUAUGUGAAAAUGAAAGCUUUCAGUCACAAACAUCAGAUGUAUAUAAUAUACUGAACAUAUUUUAUCAACUUUGAUUUUGUAUCCUUUCAUCUUCUUCCUAUUGUCUACUGCAGCACAAUCAAUUUCCAGUGGUCUCUGGCUGUCCAGCCACUGUAUAUGCCUGAGCACAGCUAUCCCCAGUGCUAACAUCUUGUCUUUGGAAGCACAAGCAAUGUUAUGAAAGCAAGUGCAGGGGUUUCGAGUAAACACACAAAAAUGUAUGAAAGUCUUAAAAAACCCUUUCAUCUCUUCUAGGAAAAAAUCCCUCCAAAGUUAUAUCACCUGAGAUCUGGCUGUAUUCAUUACAUGAAUAUUUCUUCACAGUUUAAUUCCAUGACAGAACUUCAAAUGUUUUUAUAGGCACUGUAGGUGAUAUUUCACUGUCCAUCCUUUGCAAGGUUUAAAGAAAAGCAAAGGAAGGAGUACUCCUUUUUUUGGCUUUGCAUGCCUGUCAUUUCUCAAGGUAAGUCCUUGGACUGUGGAGCUGGAGAGAAGCAGGGCCACUAAAGAUCAUUGUGCAUCACCCAAAUGUUGUGCUUUUGGGACUGGAUUGUUUAUGGAUAAAUGUUGGGUUUUCCUCACCAGGAGUGGUUUGCAGGCUUGUCUUCUCCCUCACCCCCUAUUCUGGAGGCUUUGAUUACCUCCCUAGAAGAAAGGAUUUUUAGAGUGUUAUAACUGUCCAUUGUGUAUUAGUUUAAAUAAUGUGAGGAUUAGCAGCUUGGAAACAGCAGGGCUGAAAGCAUGCACCUCUUUGAAUUGAGAAAUGUGGUAUUCAGUGACACUUACAGUGCCUGUUUGAUUUUGUAAACACUUGUUUAUUUUUCCUGUGGAGGUUCUUCUGGAGAAUGAAGCAUUUCUUCAGAACCAAGUUUUGUUAAACUUCUUCCAUGGGACAGGCAAUGGUGUUUCACUAAUUGUAGUACAACGGGAAGCAGAAUUAAAAGGAGGCUGUCUCCAUUUCACUGAACUUCACAGGUCCAAGAGGCUGCUGACACAUUUCAGGCUGUGAAAUGUAGUAGCUUCUUUAUGAGCUAGGCACACUGGUACCAAUUUUCACUGCCCAUACAUCUUAAGUCAGAGAGAAUUGGCCUCCUGGAGUCUGGAUACAGGACUGGCUUCCAACAGCAUUCAGGCUCCUGCCCCUGCUCCAGCAGCAGCAGCAGUCUCUGGUUCAAUGCUAAUCCCUUAAUGUCACCAUGACAGUUUCUCUGAGACAAAGGUCUAAUGUUUGCCAUACUUCUUUAUGAUUAAUUCAGCACAAGUAAGAUAAAUUGAGCUCUCAGCAGCUCAUGAGACUGGAACCUUCAACAUUACAGCCAAAAAUGGAUGAGGUUUUCAGCCUGUGUUUGCACAUAUUGAGUGUUAUCUGAUGGCAAGAGCUGUUGCCCAUAAAGUUGUCAGUGACAUCAAUGACCUUGUAUGGUAUAAUACAUCAUGAAUCUCAGAGAUUUGAACACUAAAUUAUCAAAAGCCUUUGAAAAUAAAAUACUAUCAAGAAAGAAAUGUCUAUAUUAAUCUGAUGUCAGCAGAUCUCUCUCAGUUCUAUCUUUACUGCAAACUCACCUGCUCUGCUAAUAAGGUAGCAGUGAGAAUACCACUUUCUCUCUAAAUAGAGACAGAGCCUCAGCUGUGUGAGUUGCCAGACUUGCACUGCAAUCAAGGGACUGAGGCAAUUUAUGAGAUCUAUUUCAGAAUGUGUAAUGCUGAAUUGAUUUCCUUCUGCGAUCAUCAAUGAGAGCAGUAUUUCACUUGCAUAGAUUUAAAACUGAAAAAAUGUAUCUCCAUUAAGAAAAUGCAAAGUCUAUUCAGCCUCUCAGAAAAGUUUUAUCUCAAGAAGCAAGAGAAGGUGCCCUAUGUUUUAUCCUGAUAUUAGCUUCCCAACAAAAAAUGACCUUACCUUUCCUUCUUCCUGGAGACAACAUUAUUUCUGAAAUUCUGUGUAUCAGAGAGUCUGACAGCCUUAAUAAAUCAGAAGAGAAGUUCAGGAGUCCUAAGACUAUGAAAUCUCAUUACAGACUUUACCUAGACUUUCUUCCUCUUACCUCAAAAUAUGUAGUUACCCAUUUAAUUCUCAUUGACUGUGCUUUGUGUCAUAACAAUGCAUGGAAAUACUGAGGAAAUGGCUGGAGGAGGUAUUUAAUUUUUGUUUUCAAAAAUUCCAUGUCAUGUGAGGAUAAGGAAAGGCUGGGACAAUUUUCUAUGAGGCUAUUGAGUCUUGGUGAUUUUUCAAAAUGAGUUUGGAAAACAUCUGUCAGCUGCUUUUCCAAAGGCAGGAGAAGGGAAACUAAUCUCACAAGCUCUCUUUUCUUUAAAACAAGUGGUGUCUUCUCUGUCAUUCUAUGAUCAUUGACUGAAAUCAGUUAUUUGGGUAAGGUAUGGUUUCCCUGGGGAUACAGACACUUGUAUGUGCUGCAAUUCCACUGCUACACAGUGCUUUCUCAGUCUCUUGCCCAAAACCUGGCUCCACAGGUUUCCCUGUAACUUGAGAUUAAUUUUUCACAGAGUUUUCUCUGCAAGCAUUCUGGCCAAUGGGCCAUGUCCUCAGGAACAUACAACAGUGACUAUAAAUAGGCCAACACAUUUUGGGAGGGCUUAAUAAACAAUAUUUCUUAAGGUAGUUAGGAAAUUUCAUUGUGAUUUGGCUCCAAAAAGACCUCUGCUUUGAUCUCCUGACCAGCCUGUUGGGUUCAAGGUGACUUCUGUUCCUACAAUGCAACUUUGUUAUUGGCAUUUAACAAUCCUCCAUCCUCUCUAGGACUCGACUUCCACAGCAGAUCUGCCAGUCCCUGAAUUUCUGUCUGUCCAGUUGAAUCUGUCAUUCAGAGAGUGAAAUUAAAAAGUGUAGGGCAAUGCUAGACUGUUGAAACCUGUUGUUAUACUGUAGGAACUGAAAUUCCCAAGGUGCCAACACCCCACCUUCCCAGGCAGAUGCAGGCUGUGAGGGAGGCUCUGUCUGUCUGUCUGUCCCCCUGUGUGCUCUCUCCUUGCCUGUGCCACUUUGGCAGUGGGACGGGAGCAUCAUCUCCUUCUGACUUUGUCUUCCCCAAGGGAAUCUGAGCCAGGGCAACAUCCUCCUCAGGGCAUUUAGAUUUCUUCUCUCCACAUAUGCUAGAAAUAAAUGUUGUGUUGUCCUGUGCAAACCCCUGCAGACAGGGUCAGUGUCCCCUCAGUGCCACUCCCUGCCUACUCUGCAGGACAGGAGGCACGGGGGCUGCCCAGCACCCUUCUGUCCCAUGCCUGUCCCUCUCCUGCAGCACAGCUCUGCUGUUGGCAUUUAACAUCCUUCCAGUCUUUACUGGAUUGAAAAUACUGGUGCUGUGUCCCAGCAUGGCAUUAGGGCAAGUCUGGUAAUGAAAAUUAAAUACGUUCACUGACUCUUAGCUGAAAAAUCUGUCUGACUUGCAUCCUGGGGUGAUGGUUCCUGAUGCCUUUGUCUAAUUUUUAUUUUUUGUUUCAGAAAUUAGCAUUUCGCACAUGCCAAUUGCUUCUCACUGUGUUUAUUUUUUUUAAUGUUCUGCAUGAGAUGUAUAAUAUAUUCUUGUCAAAUACAGAUUAUUCCACACAGAACUUCUACCUAAUUUGAUUUUUAUUUCUUGAAAAUUCCUUUAUUCUUGAAGUUUGUACUAUUUGUAGAAACUCAUGAUGCACAUUGCAGCAAAUGAAAAACUAUGUCUGAUUUAAAACUGAAAAAUCUUCAUUAAACGGUAUCAGGACUUGCAGAAUAAAGCAUAAUCUGCAUAUUCAGUUGAGAACAUCUGGAAGGGAGGAGACACAUGAAUCAGCAGAGCAUGUCAUACCUGCAGGGCUAUGAUCUCAUUGUCAUCAUGGAGAUGUGGUGGGAUGGCUCCUGUGACUGGGAUGUUGGAAUGGAAGGAUACAGGAUCUUUGGGAAGGGCAGGCAGAGGGGACAUGGAGCAGGCGCCUCCCUCUCUGUCAGUGACCAGCUGGAGUGCAUGGAUCUCUGCCUGGCUGUGGAUGUGGAGCUGACUGAGAGCCCUGGGGUCAGGGUUAGAGGGAGGGAAAGGACAUUAUAGUGGUGUAUGCUACAGGCCAGCUGACCAGGAAGCCUGAAAGGAUGAGGCCCUUACAGACAGCCUCACAUCCACAAGCCCUGGACCCCAUGGGGAAUUUCUACUGCUCCAGUAUUUGCAGGAUGGACAAGGCAGCAGGGCACAGGCACACCAGGAAGUUCCUGGAAUGCAUUAAUAAUAACUUCUUUCUCCAAGUGAUAGAGGUGCCAAUGAGGAGAGGUGCUGUGCUGAACUUUGCUCUCCCCAACAAGGAGAUGUGGUGGGGAAUGUGAAGUUCCUGGGAAGCCUUGGCUGAAGUAACCAUGGAAUUUCCUUAGGACACCUGGAAAUGUUGAAGGCCAGGCUGGAUGAAGCUUUGAGCAACCUGGUCUAGUGGAAGAUGUCCCUGCCUAUGGCAGGGAGUUUGGAGCUAGAUGAUCUUUAAGGUCUCUUGCAACCCAGACCAUUGUAUGAUUCUGUGAAUUUUGCAGCAUCCUGCCAUAUUUUUAGCUGUUUGUUAGGGACUUGCUAGCAGUAUAGUUUUGUAGUGAAUGGUUCACUUUUUGCCAGGUCUACCUGCUGGCUAUAGAGGUUAACAUGCCUUAACAGAGUAGAAAUUAGACAGAACGAGAAGGGAAGGAGAUGUAGAGAUUUCCAAAGAAAACUUGUUCUAACUUUUAUUUUUUUGUCCUAGGAAUGUGAGUAAAAUGUGUGAGUUUUUUGUCUUAGGGAGAGAAGAAUUAAAGACUGCACAGACUUACUCAUUUUAUAUUGCCACAUAAUUCUCCAGCAGCUUCACAAACAUGAUUC